UCAUCCCUCCCUGGUCUGAAAGGGUCUAUCAGAGACGAGACUCCCCUGAACCUGAACCCAGCUGUGUGUCCCUCAGCAGUGCCCAGUCCAAGUCUCAUCCUCUUCUGUUUAAAGGUGGAUCCCCUGCUCCUGAACAGAGAAUUUAUCAGAGAAUAGACUUACCUGAACCUGGAUCUGAACCCGGAUCUGAACCCGGAUGUGGAUUUGAAUGCAGCUGUGUGUCCUUGAGGAGUGACCAGUCAAAGGCUGUACCUCUAAUGUUUAAAGAUAGACUCCCCUCUCUUGAAUUGAGAGUCCACCAGGAGAGCUCAGAGGUUCCCAGUGGUCAGUCUGCCCAGCAGCAUCAAACACACCUGGACUCCAUAUUUAUGCUGCUGGAGGAGAACAUUGUCACUUUUGUGAAGAACGAGCUGAAGAGGAUCCAGAAAACCUUAAAUUCAGAUUACCCAGAAUGCUUAGAGAGUCAGAGGGAGGAUGAGGAGGUGUUGGACGGUGAGGAGGAAGAGCAGAGGAGGAGCAGCAGAGAGGCAUUUCUGAAGAUCACACUGCACUUCCUGAGGAGAAUGAAGCAGGAGGAGCUGGCUGAGCGUCUGCAGAGCAGUCUGAUAGAAUCUCCUGUCAUGUGCCAGUUUAACCUCAAAUCCAACCUGAAGAAGAAGUUCCAGUGUGUGUUUGAGGGGAUUGUUAAAGCAGGAAACCGAACCCUUCUGAACCAGAUCUACACAGAGCUCUACAUCACAGAGGGAGGGACUGCAGAGGUCAAUGAUGAACAUGAGGUCAGACAGAUUGAAACAGCAUCCAGGAAACCAGCCAGACCAGAAACAACCAUCAGACAAGAAGACAUCUUUAAAGGCUCACCUGGAAGAGAUGAACCAAUCAGAACAGUGAUGACAAAGGGAGUGGCUGGCAUUGGGAAAACAGUCUUAACACAGAAGUUCACUCUGGACUGGGCUGAAGACAAAGCCAACAAGGACAUACAGUUCACAUUUCCAUUCACUUUCAGAGAGCUGAAUGUGCUGAAAGAGAAAAAGUACAGCUUGGUGGAACUUGUUCAUCACUUCUUUCCUGAAACCAAAGAAGCAGGAAUCUGCAGGUUUGAAGAGUUCCAGGUUGUGUUCAUCUUUGACGGUCUGGAUGAGUGUCGACUUCCUCUGGACUUCCACAACAAUGAGGUCCUGACUGAUGUUACAGAGUCCACCUCAGUGGAUGUGCUGCUGACAAACCUCAUCAGGGGGAACCUGCUUCCCUCUGCUCGCCUCUGGAUAACCACACGACCUGCAGCAGCCAAUCAGAUCCCUCCUGAGUGUGUUGACAUGGCAACAGAGGUCAGAGGGUUCAAUGACGUACAGAAGGAGGAGUACUUCUGGAAGAGGUUCACAAAUGAGAAGCUAGCCAGCAGAAUCAUCUCCCACAUCAAGACAUCACGAAGCCUCCACAUCAUGUGCCACAUCCCAGUCUUCUGCUGGAUCACUGCUACAGUUCUGGAGGAGGUGUUGAAGACCAGAGAGGGAGGAGAGCUGCCCAAGACCCUGACUGAGAUGUACAUCCAUUUCCUGGUGGUUCAGUCCAAACUGAAGAACAUCAAGUAUGAUGGAGGAGCUGAGACAGAUCCACACUGGAGUCCAGAGAGCAGGAUGAUGAUUGAGUCUCUGGGAAAACUGGCUUUUGAGGAGCUGCAGAAAGGCAACCUGAUCUUCUAUGAAUCAGACCUGACAGAGUGUGGCAUCGAUAUCAGAGCAGCCUCAGUGUACUCAGGAGUGUUCACACAGAUCUUUAAAGAGGAGAGAGGGCUGUACCAGGACAAGGUGUUCUGCUUCGUCCAUCUGAGCGUUCAGGAGUUUCUGGCUGCUCUUCAUGUCCAUCUGACCUUCAUCAACUCUGGUGUCAACCUGCUGGCAGAAGAACAAACACAGUUCUACCAGAGUGCUGUGGACCAGGCCUUACAGAGUCCAAAUGGACACCUGGACUUGUUCCUUCGCUUCCUCCUGGGAUUUUCACUGCAGACCAAUCAGACUCUCCUACGAGGUCUGCUGACACAGACAGGAAGUAGCUCACAGACUAAUGAGGAAACAGUCCAGUACAUAAAGAAGAAGAUUGAAGAGAACCCUUGUCCAGAAAGAAGCAUCAAUUUGUUCCACUGUUUGAAUGAGCUGAAAGACCAUUCUCUAGUGGAGGAGAUCCAACAGUACUUAAGAUCUGGUAGCCUCGCCACAGAUCAACUCUCUCCGGCUCAGUGGUCAGCUCUGGUCUUCAUCUUACUGUCUUCAGAAAAAGAUCUGGACGUGUUUGACCUGAAGAAAUAUUCUGCUUCAGAGGAGGCUCUUCUGAGGCUGCUGCCAGUGGUCAAAGCCUCCAAGAAAGCUCUACUGAGUGGCUGUAACCUCUCAGAGAGAAGCUGUGAAGCUCUGUCCUCAGUUCUCAGCUCCCAGUCCUCUAGUCUGAGAGAGCUGGACCUGAGUAACAACAACCUGCAGGAUUCAGGAGUGAAGCUGCUGUCCGCUGGACUUGAGAGUCCACACUGUACACUGGAAACUCUCAGGCUGUCAGGCUGUCUGAUCACAGAGGAAGGUUGUGCUUUUCUGGCAUCAGCUCUGAGCUCCAACCCCUCCCGUUUGAGAGAGCUGGACCUGACCUACAAUCAUUCAGGAGUCUCAGGAGGGAAACUGCUGUGUGCUGAACUUACACACUGCAGACUGGAAAAUCUCAACGUGGAGCCUGAUGGGGUCCAGUGGUUGAAACCAGGAUUGAGGAAGUAUUUCUGUGAACUCUCACUGGACCCAAACACAGCACACAAAUUCCUCAAACUGUCUGAAAACAACAAAAAGGUGACCGAUCUGAGAAAGGAGCACCCGUAUCCUGACCACCCGGAGAGAUUUGACUACUGGCCUCAGGUGCUGUGUGAAAGCGCUCUGACUGGUCGCUGUUACUGGGAGGUGGAGUGGGUAGGAAAGGUUUAUAUCGCAGUGAGUUACAGAGGAAUAGGACGGAGUGGAGACCGCGAUGGCUCCAAGUUUGGAGGGAAUGAUCAGUCCUGGUGUCUGAGCUGCACUGAUGGAGGAUACAACGCCUGGCACAAUAACAGUGGGACACUCAUCCCCUCCUCCUCGGUCUCUAACAGAGUAGCAGUGUAUCUGGACUAUGCUGCUGGCUCUCUGUCCUUCUACAGAGUCUCCUGUGACACUCUGAUCCACCUCCACACCUUCAGCACCACAUUCACUGAACCUCUUUAUCCUGGCUUUGGCUAUGGAGUGAAGUUUAACUCCUCUGCCUUUCUGUGCCAGCUGUAGAGCAUUAGCAUGGGCAGAAUCAAUACUGUGGUUCCAGACUGUUCAGCUGAUGGAGGUCCGACCGGGUCUGUUCCAGUCUUGGUAAGCUUGUGACAUGUAAAGAGUCUAAUCUGAAGUCUUCAGGUCCAGUCGUUCUCGCUGGUCGUCUGCCUCCAGAGCUGUCUUACCUGCACAGAAAUGAUAUCUUAAGUUUAUUAUUAUUAUUAUUUAAAGGCUCAGUUAGUGUUCAUGUUUGUUUAAAAUAGCUGCAGGAGGGGCCUCCGAGGCCUGUAAACCGUGUCCUCUCUGGACGACCUGGAGAACAAAUUGUGUAGUCAGAAAUCUUCAUCUUGCUAUCAACGAAAUGUGCAAUAAAUCCUAACAGUCGUUUUGAACAUUAAUGUACAUUUUAAUUUGGGAGGGUUUUGCUUGUACACAUGUAAGUUGCAUUUAGAUCUCUUAAAACUUUUACCUGUAAAAUAAGUUUAUGUAAUACCGACACUGUUCUGAUGUAAUACCGACACUGUUCUGAUGAAUGUACACCAGAGGGGACGGCAGUCAGUAGCAGAGUAAAUUAUCAUUAUAAGAUUACUGUUGUUAUUUAAUGUUUGGACAAGCAUUUGGUAACCUGUCUGCAGCAGGUCUGCAGUUUAUGUAUUUAUGUGUUUUUUUAUUACUUACUAUGUAUUUAUUGUGAACUCCUUCAACACUUACUGUGUAUUUAUCAUGUAUCUUACUAAGUACUUUGCAAAUGUUAUGUAUUUAUUUAUUAUUUAUUACGUACUGUUUCAUGUAGCUCCUGUGGUCAUUUUAUCUUAUUUUCUUUGUGUUUGUUUUUGUUCUGUAAAUAUUAAUGUUUCUGUAAAGCAGUGGCUGUCUGUGAAGAGCACCGUACAAAUAAAGUUUACUCACUCAAACUUU